AUGCCGGUCGCAACGCUCCAUCUUCUCGCUCUCACCCAGGGAACAGAUCCAGUAUCCCUCGUUCAACAACUCAAGCAAUCGCCAAAUACCCAAGUUCUCGUGGCUUCCCGCCCAAGACACAUUGUAAUCCACCCAACCAUCCUUGACAACAAUCCCCUCGCCACGACACCCUGGGACCUCCUGGUCCUCCUCCAAACCACACCCCCAACACCCGAUCCCAUCCCACCUUACCUCCGGCCCCGCAUCCACGCCGAAUACAAACUUACCACAGGCAUCCCCUCCGCCCUCCUCUCCUCCUACCCCCAGCGCGACUCCACCCUCAAAAGUGCCCCCCACCAGCCUCUCACAGGCUCCCUCGCCGCCCUUCAGCAGGCCGGCGGCACCUCAAGCUCCCAGAACCUGGAAGUCUCGCCGCCGCUCCUGCGCUUCAUGGACAGUCUGUCCACAACGCACCCCGGUCCUGUCACAAUGCUGAACCUGCUGCACUUUCACCCAGAGGGUAAACAGAGCUACUACCAAUACGGUCAGGCCUUCAUUCCUGUCGCAGGCCGGCGCGGCGGUAACGCGAAAUUGGUCGGCAAUGUGGUGCCGCCGCAGGAGGGGAGCGAUUCGCGCGGGGCCCGUGGCAAUCCGCAGGAGUGGUGGAAUGAGAUCUCGAUCGUUCAUUACCCGUCGAUUCGGCAUUUCUGUGAUAUGCUAGCUGGUGAAGAUUACCAGGCUAUUAAUGAGAAGUAUCGGCUGUCGGCACUUCGGGAUACGUUUCUGCUGUGCACGACGGAGUUCGAUGUUGAAGGGAUGGGGGGUUCGAAGCUGUGA